AUGGACUCCUGGGUGUCAAAGUGCAUAGGAAAAGAUCAAAGUCCAGGACAGAAAUUUGAAGAUAUUCUUAAAAGUGCUUUGGAUAUGAUAAUGAAGAUGAUGGAGAUGAUGAGGCCUCCAAUGUAUCCACCCGGUGAAAACUUCAAUCCACCACCUAUGCAAAAUGCCAGUUUGCCACCUAUGCAAAACUCCAGUUUACCACCUCAGAAUUCCAGUUUACCACCUCAAAAUUCCAGUUUACCAUCAUUACCAUCUCCUACUGCAAUGUCAAACAAAACCGCCAAUGCAACGCAAAGCAAUCCAGGCAAUAUGAUGAGCAACAAUACCACGAUGCAAAACAACACCAAUGGCAUGACUAUGACUAAACCUAUGAAGAAUGAUACCAUGGGUCCCCCAAAGCCAUUCUUCAGCUUCAUCCAAGCAGAUCUUGUCCAAUUUCUAACCGUCCUGCAGAUAACUCUAGUAAGUGCUGGAAAAGACUCCAGUUAG